AAACCAAAGCAAAGGCAACGCAAAAGCAAACGCAAAGGCAGCCAGCGAAACUGUGCCAGCCCCGUCGCUGUGCCCUCGCCGAUAUCAAAGACAAUAACAAUAGCAAUUGCGAUCGCCCGUCGUCGUCACCCACCCCAAAAAAAAAGACAAAAACAAAAAAGCAACAACCUAGAGCUGUGUAUAUAAACACGCUCGUAUCAGCGAACUGUGUGCAUUCAGCAUUCGACAUCGAAACAAUCGUCGCUAAAAGAGCUCAAUUUUCAGUCGCAUUUCGACACUCGUUGGGAACGGAUCACGAACGGACCAAAGCAUACGCAGGGCCAUCUGUGCGAAAAAAAUAGACAACUGCAAGAGUGCAUAUACUUUUAACGGUAUAUGUAGAAACGUAUUAUAAUAUAAAAAAAUAUAUAUUAAGCGGACAAAGUGUGCAAGAAAAUCCACUUCGAUGUCGAUUAAUUCGCCAAUAUUGUUGAAAAACUCUGACCUGCAUUAAACAGGCAAAAGCGAUAAAUACCAAAACAAAAAGAAAACCGAUUUAAAUAAAGGUUAAUUUCGUAGCAGAAGAAAAGUAAAGAAGAAAAGAUACUUAUCAAAGACAUUAAAUUCACUUUAGCAAAUCAACAAUAAGUUGUUUGCUUUUUAGUUCGCGUUACGGGUUUUUUUUAAUUUCGUUGUGUUUUCCAUCGACAAGAAAAGAGAAAAGUGCAAACAGUUUGAGAACAACUGCAAGCAGUAGACAUCAAACUUCAAUUUUGUGUUAUUCGAUAUUUUCAAUCAAACGGAAAACAAAAACUCGUCUGAGCAGUGUAACACAUUGACAAGAACAACAACAAUACAGCAACAACACUACACAACAAAACAACAAGUUUGUUUAUUGGGCUUAGGCCAUUGUAUGGAUCAGUCUAAACUAACAACGAAAUUUGGAGACGAGCCGGACCUCCUGUUCAACCGAGCGCAGGGCCGGAAUAGUCUGCUGAAUAGUCUUGGAGCCAGCUCUGCGAUUGCCGCAGCCGCCCAAGCAUCAAUCAACAUUCAACUAGAAGCAACAUUCAAUGACUGUGAAAGUGGCUACGUGCCCACCGUGGGCCGUUGGGGUGCCGAAUGGCCGAGCUGACUCGCCGCUGCAGCCAGCCAGGAUGGUGCGGCAGCGACGCCCAGCUAUGCCGUCGACGUUGAUGAUGUCGACGACGAUGACAGCUUUGGCAGCGUCGCUGCUGGAGGCGGAGGCGGUGGCUCCGCGGAGCAGCAGCUGGCGAAUGCGAUGCGUGGCAUGGGAUUGACUACGACAGUCCAUGGUGUCACAAAUGAGCAAGAUGAUAAGCCAAGCAGUUGCGCUUCCACGCGAACCACGCCUUCGCGCACGCCCUCCACAUCCAGCGAGGACGAUGACGAAGAAGAUGUUGAGGAGCAGCAUCAGCACCAGUGGAUGCCAACCGACCUGACAUCGGUGGCAGCCGCAUCGGAGCGCUACUCCGACAUCAUCCGGGUGCUGUCCAGACAGAAGUCACCCACUGUCCAGCAGCAGCGGCACCCAGGCGCCAACUGGGCCAUGGCCGAUGGCUAUGAUCUGUCGGCCUACAAUCAGAUCAACGGUGUCUGGCCACUGGGUCAUCCUCUGCCGCUGCCCGACUGGGGCAGCGCCGAUGAGCCGGCCAAGGAGACCUUAGUAUUCGAGAACGUCUGGCAGUACGAGGAGCUGAAUGGCAUUGUGGAGACGGCGCUGCAGCGCAUGCUGGAGGAGACGCACUACAACACGGUGAAUCUCUUCGUGGAUUUCUAUCGCAGCUUCAAGCGCACACGGCGCUCCGAUCUGCGCAGCUUCUUCCAGUUCUAUGAUGUGCCCAUCAAUCGACGCCAUCACAUGUGCGUCUCGCUGGCCUUUGAGAUAAUUGCGCGCCUGGUGCAGAUGUUCCCCCAGCUGGGCCAUCACCUCUAUGUGGUGUCCUGCGAGGAGCAGGUGGCCGACUGCAAUGAUUAUGUGCAAAUGGAUGAGGAGUACGGCAUGAACUCGGCGGAUGCGGGUGUCGAGAAGGAGCACGUCAUGGUUGCCAUGCGCUUUGCCAUUGGCGAGCGUCGUGGUGUCAUGAUACUGGAUCCGGGCUACCAUGUGGGACGCGCCGUAACCAUCAUGUGCGACCAGAGCUAUCCACACACAGGCUGGUUCAAUCAAUCCAAGGAGCCGCAUUUGCAGCGCGACUAUUGCUAUACCUUCAGCCAGCACAGCGAGAAGUUUGUGGAGUGGAAGGAGCGGGAGAUACGCGGCGAUGAGGCCAGUUUCAAGACAUCCUUGAUAUACAUUGCCCAGGAAUAUAAUACCGCGGUGGAUGUCACUGUGCGCCGUAAUUUGGUUUACAAUUUCCGCUCGCUGCUAUCGCGCGACGCCAAGGGGCGCGUCUAUGCGGGACUCUACUUCCCGCUGGUGGCCAAUGUGCAGGAAGCGCAUCUGACGCUCUUCUACGAUGGACCCAAUGAGCAGCGCGUCAAGGUCAAGCUUAUGUUUAGCGUCUUUAAGGUGGCCAAGGGCAAGCAACUGCCGGACUAUGUGUCGCAGCAUCUGAUGAAGUUGGCGCCACAGUUGAAUAUGUCACUGCAUGAGCUGACGGAGCUAUGCAAAUCUCUGUGCGAAGUGGUGUCCGAUCAGAAUUUUAUCACUCAAGUUUUGGCCAUUAACGAUGAUAUUGGCAACAUGUCCAUGGAGAAUUGACAGUCAAAGCAGCCUAAGGAUGUUGCUGCAUCUCCUGUACAUCAGGAUGGGGAAGCAGCUUCAACUUAGACUUCAAUUUUGGCAACAAUUUAAAUCACUAUUUUUUCCCCAAUUUUUCAAAAACAAAUGUUUUAUUUCUAGAUUUUAGGCGCACUAAACAAAACUAUAUUUCAAGAUUUAUUAAUAUAUACCUACUCAUAAAGAAUAUAUACAAUUAUUAUAAACACACACUCACACUCUCACAUACAUACCAAGAAACACUUUGAAAAUCCUUGUAUUAUUUAGCAAAUGAAAAUUUGAUUACAAAUUACAAAUUAUUGUAAGUACGUAUAUAUAUAUUUAGAAUUUCUUGUUUUUGUGCUUAGCUUCUUUUUCGAUUUUCAAUUUGUUCUACUUACAUAAAAUAUAUACAAAUUUAAACUAUACAACAAUAACAUUAGUUGACAUAAC